ACGAAUUCUUACAAUUUGAUGCUUAAUUUGCUAUUUCCGCUCUCUAUUCAUACGAGUUCUUUCGCGGUUUUAACGAGCACUGCACUUGCAAUUAUCGUUCAUGCUUUCACGGCUCUUUGACAUGUAAAUGAUGUGCCGUGCGAUAAUAUAUUCAUGUUCAUAAACAAAGUAUUGUAAAUAGAACUCUUUUGAAUUAUGAAGGUAGAGAUCAUAUGGCUUUGAAAUUCGAAAUGUGGCAUUUUUCGCAAUGAUGGUGGCUGAAUGCACCGUUUGGAAUGAGACGUUUAAACUACUCUAAGAAGAUUACUGUCAACAGUUUAAUCCCAUGGGCAAAGACGAAGAGUAUAUUGCUAGCUGUCUCACUUUGCCUGCUGAAUUUACAUUUUAUAGUCAUUGGAUAUAAUAUGGCACUUGGAUUUCUCUCUCGCAUACAUUGAACUGUCUUUACAAACUUGUCAAAUCGGGUAACCUUAAAAAUAUAAAAUGCCUGAUGUUAAACCUGGGACUUCGACUGCCUGUGACAAGCAAAGAAUUCCUAAAGUCAUUCAUCCUCUCGCUACGCCGGGAUAUGUAAUAAUUUUUAAAUUCAUCACUUCGUGUGUAUUAAAUAUAUUGGGCUUUGUGUUGAUCUAUACGUUUCUGUUUAUCGCUCUACCGAUUUCAUUGCUCGCCAAAGUCGUUCAAAAAAUUCUGGUUUUUGUCCGGAUCAAAUCCCAAGGGGCCAAAGCGGAUUAUGGCAAUGCAUCGGAGACGUUUUGGUUUUUAACUGCCAGUGAGGAUCGAACGCCAAAUUUAAUUUUGCUCUUGGCAGUAAAAGGCCAUUUCAGCUGCGAAGACCUGGGAUAUUUACUACAAAAUCGUUUAAAUUGUAACGGUGAAAACAUAUUGCAAGAGCGUUCGAAUUUUGAGCGGUUGUCUAGAUCGCCAAAACGCAUUUUUCGCAAACUCGUGUGGCUGGAAGAUAACCUUGAACGUAGAAAAGCCAUAAUUCAAGGGGAUUUAGAAAGUGCGUGUUUAUGUGACGCUGGAGGUAAAACGAUGAACUUGCAAGCGUUCUCGAAUAGCAACGAUUGGCAAAUAUAUCUUUACACAAGUGUAAAUGAAAAUACAACAGAUAACAGUGCUAUAGUGUUGCAAUUUCGCCACUGCAUCGCUGAUCUGCACACGUUGGUCUACGCAGUGUCAAAAUCAUUUCUCGAUCAUCAAGUUUUUAUGUUUCGGGAAGAAAUCACUUCAACACAGGGCUUUUGUCUGGGGCUAUUGGCACUGUUAGCAGGACCAAGUAUUUUUGUGCGAAGUUUGUUCGAGUCAAAAGACAUGACAUUUCUGGAGCCCCCUCAAACGUGCAGGAAGAGAGCGAUUUUCUAUUCACAAGCGAUUAGCAGGGCCGAUGUCGACAUUGUUACUACGGCAACUGGGACCUCAGUUUGUGAUGUCAUCCUGUCGUGUCUUGCCGGGAGUCUUCGAUGUUGCUUGAAACAACAUGGCGUUGCAUUUCCCGAUGACGUCACGGUCUUUUAUCCCAUGAAUUUGGAGAGCAGUAACUCACUUCGAUGUUUUACAUCGUUUAAUAUUUUUUCAUUGCCAGUUGGAACAGAAGGUGCCUUACCACGCCUUUGGGAAAUGCGGUUACGUCGUAGCAAUAUCGCAUCUUUUAUCGAGGCUAUUACGACCAGCACCAUCAUGCAACUGGCUUUCCUAAUUCUCCCAGCUUCAGCUGCGACGUGGCUUAUGGAAUAUUUAAUGAGCAAAAGCUCGUGUACUAUAAAUAGCAUAUUAGGUCAUACUUUUGAUCAAGAAAUAUUACUCGACGGCCGCCCGGUUGAACAUUUCAUCCCUGUAGAGGACAGGGGGUAUGGCCUCAGCAUUACAAUAAUCGAGUCCAAAAACUCGUUUCAGUUAGCUGUGUUGGCGCCUAGUUCGGAAAACUAUGUUAUAAAGCCCGCGCGGCUUUGCGUGGAAUUUGUGCGACACACGCGUGACCUUUCCAAGCGAUUAACUGAACGCGCACGCGUCGUUCGUGCAAGGGGUCAGAGAAUUUUGAACAGUCGACGCAACAGCGUUUUUAUUGUCGAGGAAGAUGAGCAGUAAAUAUGUAUAUAAUUAUGGUGAAAUUAAAA